CUUGUGCUCACUCUGUUGAGGCUGAAGAAGAAUGGAAAGUUGAAACUGUUUCAGGGCCAUCUGAGUCAGGACUGCCCAGAAUGCUUUAAGACUCUGUCUAAAGAUCCUUCUGUGCUGGAGAAGUUCAUGAAGAUGAAGGAAUCGUUCAAGAGUCAUCAAAGCCAUGACUACCCAGAAUGCAAUGAGAGAGAGCAGGAGGAUCCUGAGGUCCUGUACAUUGUUGAGAAGAUGCUGGAGACCUGUGGGAGUGAGAGGUCUCUGAAGAUCACACUUCACAUCCUGAGGAACAUGAAGCAGAAUGAUCUCACUGACUCACUGGAGAGAGAUGAGCAGCACAAUGAAUCCAUUAAAAGAGCCCAGCAGGAACUGAAAACUCAUCUGAAGAAGAAGUUUGAAUACAUAUUUGAAGGUUUAGCAGUGCAGGGCCACACAACUCUCCUCAAUGAGAUCUAUACAGAGCUCUACAUCACAGAGGGGGGAAGUGGGGGGGUCAAUAAUGAGCACGAGGUCAGACAGAUUGAGACAGCAUCCAAGAGACAAACCACCCAGGAGACUCCAAUCCUCUGCAAUGACAUCUUUAAGCCUUUACCUGGACAAGAGAAACACAUCAGAACUGUGCUUACAAAGGGCAUCGCUGGCAUUGGGAAAACCGUCUCUGUGCAGAAGUUCAUUCUGGACUGGGCAGAAGGAAAAGCCAAUCAGGGCAUUGAUUUCAUCUUCACUCUUCCUUUUCGAGAUCUGAAUCUGAAGAAGGAAGGAGCAUUCAGUCUGAUGCAACUUCUGCAGCACUACGUUCCACAACUGGAAGAGAUCAAAAGUGUUGAUGGUAAUGAAGUCAAAGUUGUGUUUAUCUUUGAUGGUCUGGAUGAGUGUCGACUUCCUCUACAUUUCCAAAGCAAUGAGAUCUGCUCUGAUAUAACAGAGUCAUCAUCAGUGGAUGUGCUGCUGACCAACCUCAUUAAGGGGAAUCUGCUUCCCUCUGCUCUCCUCUGGAUCACCUCCCGACCUGCAGCAGCCAAUCAGAUCCCUCCUGAGUGCAUCCACCAGGUGACAGAGGUACGAGGGUUCAAUGACCCACAGAAGGAGGAGUACUUCAGAACGAGAAUCAGAGAUCAGAAGCAGGCCACCAGAAUCAUCUCACACAUCCAGUCAUCCAGGAGUCUCUACAUCAUGUGUCACAUACCAGUCUUCUGCUGGAUUUCUGCUACUGUUCUGGAGACAAUGUUGGAUAAAGUAGAGAGUGGAGAUCUGCCCAAAACUCUGACUGAAAUGUACACACACUUCCUGCUCAUUCAGACUAAUGUGAAGAAUCUGAAGUAUCGUGGCUCUGAUGAAACAAACCCAAAGAUGACAGCAUCAGAUACAGAAAUCAUCCUGAAACUGGGGCAGCUGGCUUUUGUACAGCUGGAAAAGGGCAAUCUGAUAUUCUAUGAAGAGGACCUGAGAGACAGUCGCAUUGAUGUCAGUGAAGCUUCAGUGUACUCUGGGGUGUGCACAGAGAUCUUUAAAAAGGAGCGUGGGUUGGGUCAGGAGAAGGUCUACUGCUUUGUGCAUCUGAGCAUUCAGGAGUAUCUGGCCGCCUUGUUUGUGUUUCAUUCAUGUGUAAAUGAGAACAGAAAUGUGCUCAGAGCAUUAAAAUCAAAACCUCACAGUGGCAGAGUGCAGCUGUCUGAGUUACACAGGAGGGCAGUGGAUCAGGCCUUAGAGAGUAAGAACGGACACCUGGACCUUUUCCUCCGAUUCCUUCUCGGCCUCUCUCUGGACUCCAUUCAGCCCCUCUUAGGAGGACUACUGACACAGACAGGAAGCAGAUCUGAUGGAGGACGAUGGAAAACAAAACUCUUUCAGAGACGACAGACAGAAAGCAGAUCAGAGAGCAUCAAGAAAACAGUCCAGUACAUUAAGGAGAAGAUCGAAUCCGAAUCUUCUGCAGAGAGGACCAUCAAUCUGUUCCACUGUCUGAAUGAACUGAAUGACAACUCUGCAGUGGAGGAAAUCCAGAAUUCCCUGAGAUCAGGAAAACUUUCUGAUAAAGAGCUGGAACCCCACCAAUGUUCAGCUCUGGCCUUUGUGUUACUGAUGUCAGAGGAGGUCCUGGAUGAGUUUGACUUGAAGACCUACAACACAUCCGAAGCAGGUCGUCACAGACUGCUACCAGUAGUCAGGAACUGCAGGAAGGCCAUGUGAGUAUUAUGUCAUUAUUCAUGUAGAUGAUGGACAGCAUAUUUUCAUACUUUAUCAUUUUAGUCAGUGCAAUAAAAUUGUCAGGCAACUGAAAAUUUGAUUAUAAUAUCUGAAUCU